UUUUCCCUUAAACAUCUAUACCCUGCCACGCAUAUCGCUCAUUCGGCUGCUGUAAUUAUUGGGGCUCCGGAUGUUUACGUGAAUCCGUUUCACUCCCGAGCGGCUUAUCUGGGGGCCCAGAUAUUGAAGACAGUCCAGGUUACUGUUCGAUAUCUCGUUGGACAUAGGAUCGGCAAGCUCCUCCGCUUGUGCAUGAUGCCACGAGGCGUUUUCCUACGCUCUGGCGGAAGCGCCCUACAAGCCUUAAGGGCCUUGGAUGGCUCAGCUAGCAUUCUUGAGGCGUCAGCUUGCGCCAGCGCUUCAACAGUCAGCGGACUGUCAACUUCGUUGCCCGACCACACCGGCAUCGCUACGUUGCCCCGAUGCGACUUAGCGCCUGCCAACGUCGCUGCUAGCAGCCGACACUUGGUCACCCGACUUGUGGGCAUGAGGAGCGAUGAAAUCUCCCUUCACCGUCCGCUUUUCCAGCAUCGUCCCUUCAGCAGCGGUGCCGUCAAAGCAGCGGAGCCAAGCACGCCAGUCUUCGCCGUUGCCGGGGUGCCGGAGGCGACCGAUGAGGACCCACAUGCACACAUGACACCCAAGGCGGUUGUAGAGCUGUUAGACAGGUACAUCAUCGGUCAGGACGACGCCAAGCGCGCCGUGGCAGUGGCCUACCGCAACCGCUGGCGCCGCAAGCGCGUGCCGCCCUCCAUCCGGGAUGACAUCGUACCCAAGAACAUCCUGCUCAUAGGGCCCACCGGCUGCGGCAAGACGGAGAUCGCACGGCGGCUGGCCAAGCUGGCGAACAGCCCCUUCGUCAAGGUUGAGGCCACCAAGUUCACGGAGGUGGGCUACCACGGUCGCGAUGUGGACACCAUCAUUCGGGACCUGCUGGAGGCGGCCAUAGGGCUGGUGCGGGGGCGGCUGCGGAGGCAGCACGCGGCGGCACUCAAGGCGGCCGUGGAGGAGCGGCUGCUGCGGGCGCUGCAGCAGCAGGAGCAGCUGGGGCUAGCGGGGUCGGUGUUUGCGCUGGAGGCGCUGAGGGAGCGGCUGAGGAAAGGCGAGUUGGAGGAGGCCCUCAUAGAGGUGGACCUCACCCCGCCCGCCAACGGGGGGGCAGGCGGGCUGGGGGGCGGCCGGGGGGGCGGGGGCGGCAUCAUCGACCUGGGAGGCGGCGGCGGGGGCGCUCCGGGCCCCGUGGUGAUUAACCUGGAGCGGCUGAUGGGCGGAGGCAGGCGGGACGUGCGCACGCUGAGGGUCCGCGAGGCCCGGCCGCUGCUGGAGGACGUGGAGGCGGAGCGGCUGUUCCCGCCCGAGCAGCUGGUGAAGGAGGCCAUCGCGGCGACGGAGCAGGACGGCAUCGUGUUCAUUGAUGAGAUCGACAAGAUCGUGAGCGGCGGGCGCGGCGACCGCUCCUGGCGCAGUGGCGACCCCUCCAGCGAGGGAGUGCAGCGGGACCUGCUGCCCAUCAUCGAGGGCUCCGUGGUGAGCACCAAGCACGGCAACGUGAACACCGACCACAUCCUCUUCAUCUGCGCGGGCGCCUUCCACUCCGUGAAGCCGUCGGACCUCAUGGCGGAGCUGCAGGGCCGGCUGCCCAUCCGUGUGGAGCUCAAGCCGCUCAGCCGCCACGACUUCCUGCGCAUCCUCACUGAGCCCGAGUACAACCUGGUCAGGCAACAACAGGUGCUGCUUGCCUCCGAGGGCGUGGACCUGCACUUCACCCCCGAGGCGCUGCAGGAGCUCACUCGGGUGGCGGAGGAGGUCAACCGCGCCACCCACAACAUGGGCGCGCGGCGGCUGCAUGCGGUGCUGGAGCGGGUGGUGGAGGAGGUGAGCUUCGCGGCGCCGGAGCUGGUGGCGGCGGCAAGGAGGGAGCGGGAGGAGAAGGAGCGGGAGGAGAAGGAGAGGCAGGACAAGGAGCGGGAGGAGAAGGAGAAGGCGGUGGUGGCCAAGGCAGCAGAAGGAGGAGAGGAGGAGCAGGGGGCGGUGACGGCGGAGGCGGAGGCGGGAGGAGAGCAGGAGGUGGAGGCGGCGGGGUCCAAGAAGGAGGAGAAGGUGGCGAAGGAGGAGGCGGGGCAGCAGCAGCAGCAGCAGCAAGAGGGUGCUCCUGUUGCCGCCCCUGCUGCUGCCCCUCCUCGGGUGAGGUAUGUGAUUGACAAGGCGCAUGUGGAGCGCACGCUGAGCGCCCUGCUGCACAAGCAGGACCUCACACGGUACAUCCUGUGAGGGGGUGGGGUUGGAGGCGGCUGUAAAGAGGAAAGAGGAAGAUUAUAUGUUGUUAGUUGUUGUCGGUAGUGGCAACCCCUGGCGUGGGGGCUUAAGGGGGAAGAGGUAGAGGACUAACCAGUUUUCUUAACACACAUGGCACCUCACCACGUGUUGGGUCCAACCUGGUGGGAGGUGAGGUAAGGGGUGGGUGUGCUGCCGGCCGGCUGCAUGGUUGCGGACGGUACGGGAAACGGUAUGAAGGGUGAGGCUGCUGGAGAUAAGGAGGGAGUCCAGUAAGGGAAGUGAAGGUGGAGGAGGGUUGUGUACUUGUGUUGUGGUAAUGGUGUGUGUAGUUGGUGGGUUGGUGGUGGUGGAGGUGUAGGACUGCUGCGGCAAGAGUUAGCGCUAGAAGGAUGUUGGCGUUACGCCGAUAGUGGUCUGGCUAGUGGUUGGAUAUGGGGUACAGAGGAAGAACCAGCGUUGUGAGCAUGUGGCAGGGCAUCAGCACCAUGAAUGGUUGCUUUGGGCCGGUUGGGAUCUGUGAGGCUCGUCGUGAAGCUUGGCCUUGGUCGUGUUGUUGAGGGAAAGACCCUCGGGUAACCUCUCUUGAGCCUUUUCCUCCGACAUUUCUAGGGUGUUGCUACAAAGGCCCCCCUUCUACUUUUACGCUCUCGUUUCCUAUGUAAGUGCACACUUUACACUUGUGGACCGGGUUGACAGGGCAGGUAUCGACAGGUUCGGAUUUCCAGAUAGGACAGUUGGAAUGAAGCGGAUGCAUCGGUAAACUGAGGCGGAUGCCCCGACGCGCUGAGUCCAACAUCCUGGAGCACGGGCAUGGAUGUAAACAUGUAUGGAAUA